AUUUUGAUUAUUGGCUAUUGAUUAUGCCGUUUCUGCGAUUCGAUGCAUCAGUUUAGUUGCACGAAUUGAGUGACAUUAGAACGGUUUCGUAGGGGAUACGAGAGUGUGCAUAUUCAACUAUUGUAACUGUUUUAAUUAAUAGCGAAUAAUCCAUGAAUGCCAUAGAUGAACCGAUACAUCGAACGCAAAUAGUAAUUGCAUAUUAGACGGAUCGAUCGUUUGAGCCAAUAUCUGUUUCACUCUUAACGUAAUCACAUUCUCUUUUCUAUUAUCAUAUUUCCAGUGAAAUUACAUUAAAUUAACAUUAGUUUAAUAAAUAGUUGAACGAGAGUUUUUCUCAUGAAUAAACGAAAAUUAAAUAGUGACAAAUGAAUAAAAAAAAUUUAAUAAUAACAUUCUUUCACAAAAUGUUUCAAAUUUAAAAAUUAAAACUCCUGAUAUGAAAAGAAAUGAAGUAAAGAAAAAAAGUGUAAUAAGUAACAAGGAUUGUGAAUGGUAUUGUUUCAUCGAAUAUUAUAAAAAUGAAAAUCAUAAAGAUCAAGAAUAAUCAAAGAAAAAUGACAAAUGCCUAUUAAUUCUAUAACAAGAGAUUCUAAUCCAACAUCUCAAUUUAUUGAUAGAUAAACAGUACAUUGAUUAUAAAUUAUUAUAUAAGAAGAAGAAAAGAAAGAUGAAUCGUCUUCGCGGAUGAAGGGCAACGAGCAACCACAUAACCAGUAUCGGAUUGAAAGGGUGCAAAGAUUCGGGCUAAAUACACUGCUAAACGGUAGUCGUGCAAUCAACGAUGGGCCAGCGCAUAGCGAGCAAGCCGAGUGGUCAAUUAAGAUCACCGGAAAGUGUCGAUAUGCUCUGCGCGAGCGUCCGAGGACGCGGGCGAGCGGACUCGCGUGCAUCUGCGCGACUGCAUCGCACGCGUGACGAGGAAAAAGAGGGGUGACGCACGGUCGCACCAAGGGAAGCCGUCAAAAUGUCGAGGCUCGUGCAUCCAGCAGGCAUAUCGAGCCAAAGACACGCGAGGGAGGAGUAUUCCUCGCUCUCUCCUUUCCACUUGCUCUCCCUCUGUUUCUCUCUCCUCUCGCUGUGUGUAACGAUCGCCGGUCAUCGAUCCGCUAUCGCAUCGACGCGAUGCUUGGUUACUCGAGAAAACGAGAGCCUCCCGUUGCUGCGAACGUCACGCGGAUUUUCCUUGAAAAGCUCAGGAUUGAUCGGAUCUUAUGUUUGAUUAGAUUUGGAAUUUUAGAAUCGAUGAUCCAGAGAUCUACAUUAACGCUAGAAUUACGCAUGAUUAAUGUGAAAUUUAUCAAAAUGACACGCUGUUUUGUAAUUGCUAAAGAUAUACACCUGAUAAAAUUAUGUUAAUUUUAUUAAUCUUUAUAUAACUUUAUAAAAAAUGCGUUAUUAUAUAGAAUUGUUUUUAAAAUAGCAAUUGAAUAAAAUUAACCGAAUAGAUAAUGAAUUAAAAUUUUGAGGAGAAGAGAUUUUUGAGCUAAAGUUUGUAAAAUGAUUUUUACAUCUUUGAUUGGUGUAAAAUUGUUUGGUACUUUUUCAAAAUGAGUGCAGUAGAUGUUGAUAUAACACGAUAAAAAGAUUACUGCAAUACUCCCGUAUAACAAGGCGAAAAAAAUUACUGCAGUCCUUGUAACGUGGUAGAUAAAUUUCAAAGUACAACAAAAAACGAGGGACUUACACUUAUGCACGAACUUUUUAAUAAAUAGUAAGAAUAUUUUCAGAAGAGAACGAAUAAAUCUCGAAGUAAGACUAUAAUAAAAUUUAUGUUCCAAAUAUAUAUAACAAAUAAAGAAACAAUGAAUGACGAAAUAACGCAUAAUAUAGAAUCACGAUUCAAGUUAAAUGGAAAAGAAGAACCGAUAUGGACCAAUACACAGCAGCCGGAGUAAACGAUCCAUUUAAAAGGCGAGUUCGAACUCUGGGGUAAUCGAUGAGAGUUGCCGAGUGGAGGGAUGGUAGCAAGAAUAACACGACACCUCGAUCAACUCUUCUCUCUUGAACAAAAACACGUUCAAUUUCAAGUGAGACGGAUCCUUUGACAGAGGAUCAACGAGGAGGAAGCUUUUGCAAAUCGAUAGGCGGACGAAAAAGGGUUUCUUGGGAUAUUUUGCGCACAUCGGGGGAGACAUUGAAGGCCGGAACUCUUUUCGUUCACCUCGUGGCUUGAACGCUCUUCGCUCACCAGGGUGGGGAAAAAGCCACCCUCUUGCUAGACCAGCCCCUCCCUCUCUCUCUCCCUCCAGCUCUGUCGGAUUCGUCGAUGACGAAACGCACACGUAAAUUCGUCGACGUGCACGGUGCUGCCGCUCGCAAAAUCAGUGCGAUCCAAGUGCACCGCGAGGCAGGAACACGGGUCUCCCGUGCGCGGCCUAUCGUUCCCGCUUGCGGCACGCGCGCCUCUUCCUGAGAAGAGUAUCAGUCAGAUAGCGGGAGACGCUCGCGUAAAUAGGUCGUUGGAUACUGCGUUAGACGAAGAAUAAAUAGCCAAGAGAAAUAACUUCGAGGAGAAUAGAAAUUAAAUUUAUGAUUGUGAUUGGAAUCGAGAGAGUGAUAAUGAAAAGCGUAAAAAAUCGAAUGGAAGAAAUCAUAAGCUCGAUACAAAAGUGAUAGAUGAUAUUUUAACUGGUUGAAAGUGAUUCAUCAGUAGAUUUUGUCCAAGUAAUUGAAUAAACAUCGUGAAAAAGGAGAAUAAUUGGAGAAUAAAAACGAUCAGUGCGUUAAACAUUGGAGUUUUGCAUUGGAGAUUAGGUGUACGUGGUUGAGUGUAUUUUUAAUAAAUCAUCAUGAUUCGAAUGAUGAAUAAAACAAAUAGGGUACAUCUAUUUGUUUGAAUACAAAUGAAUUUUCAAUCAUAUCAUUGAUCAUACAAAACUGUUUAAAAAGAAGAAAAGCUUCUGUAAAAACUUAUACAAAAACACGAAGCGAAAUUAAAACAUUCGUGCAGAAAUAAAAAUCAAAUUUGAUUUAGAUGAUUGAAAACACGAUUCUUUGUUAAACAGAUGAAAAUAAUUUCGUUCAAUUGCUCACAAUAAACUGAAAUAAACUACUGAUAUCGAUUGUCGUCAGAAAAACGUGAAUUCGAGAUACGUGACGCUCGAACAAAUUAGAAGAAAAAAACGGGAGUGUGGGAGGUGUUGAAAGAAGAGAAAAAGCUUCGAGCAUCGAUCUUGCGCCCGAUGCAGUUACUAUGACGCGGCUUGUCCAAUACGUUCAAUUGUAUCCACUUUGGAAUCGACAGGUCGCGUGGCCCUCGAGCCAAGAUCGUCGGGUCUAUAGUUAGUAAGUUUCUAUCAGCCUUUGCGAAUUGGAUCAACGGCUACGUGGGGUAAACGAUGACGACGAGGAGGACGAGGACAACGUCGGCGGGGACAAUAAUGACGCCACGCGCGACGGGACUAAAAACACUGGGUCUUCCCGACGGAAUGCAGGAGGCCGAUCGAACGCCUCCCGAUGUACCCUUCUCUUACGUGGUCUUCCCACGUAAAUUCUAUUUGCUGACAUAUAUGAUAAAACAAUAGAAAAGAAAGGAGAAGACGAAAAUUUAAGAAAGAAGAUAAAUUGUAAAGAAGCAAAAAGAAGAAAAAGUAAAAAGGGGCCAAUUUUUGCGAUUCUUCCAAUAAUAAAAAAGAGAGAAAGGGAGAGAGAAAGAGAGGGAGAGAGGGAGAGAGAGAAAGGGAGAGAGAGAGAGAGAGGGAGAGAGAAAGAGAGAGAGUGAGAGUGAGAAAGAGAGAGAGGGAGAGAGAGAGGGAGAAAGAGAGAGAGAAAGACAUUCGAUCUCGAAAGAUUUGAAACGAUUCGUAGAUAAAGUAAAUUUGCCUCUGGUUAUGUGUUCAAGGCUCGCUUGAUAGGAUUUAACGCGCAAACGUGGCUGAUAAGCUUCGGGAAGUAAAGAAGUCAUUCUUUGCGGCGCGAUAAGGACCGCCCUUGGUCGCAAAGAUGGACUGUUGCAACUACGUCGAGGCUUACGCGGCAGGGAGCCACUUUUAUCAACAACAACAUUACUUUUGCUAUGAUAACAUGAACACCGAUUACGGUGGUUAUGAACCGCCACCGAUCUCCAAUGCAAUCGAAACGAGCGCGCGAUACAACGGGACUGUAACGCCUGCGUAUCCUAUAGAUUACGUGUACAAUCCCAAAGAAGCGAGACUACGAAAAGCGAUGCGCGAACAGAGCCGCGAAUUAUCCAGACGAUCGAUCUUGCAGAGCGCGAUCGCACGUGCGAGCGUGAUCGCUGGUCCAGUCACUUCCGGCGGCUUCCUAGAUCAUCAGCAUCGUUUCGGCUGCGUUUCCUCGGCUAACAUACCGAUGAAUUCGUCCAUGGAACCGGUUCGAGUCGCGGAACCUUGGUUCCAAUCGACGCCUCGUCCAAAACCGAUCCAUUCACCCCGAAUGACCGAUUGGUACGGAAACGUGGCCGAUCCUAUCGAAAGACUGCAAGUAAUGGGUGCAAUGCAUCAACGUGGCCUCGAUAAAUGCAAAGACGUGAUGAGAAAUCAAGCUGUGGCCAGCGUGGCCAAUACCGUGUCUGCUGAAUGCGGUGCUACGUUUUCGAAUAACGGAUAUCCGGUCGAUUUCAGCGAUGUUAAUAGGGAAAGGGAGUUGCGUCGCCAGGAGAAUAUGGAGUACAAUGAAUUCACUGAUGGUCAGAAAUGGCAUCCUUAUCAGAAUGGCGGGAGUGCUCAUCAACAUCCCAGAACGUCUCAUCCUUCCCAAAUGAGCAACAUUCUUCACCCAAAUAUUCAGAAUCCUGGUCCACAUGGACAUGGGCCAUGGGGUCAAUUUUGCCAUAACGUAUUACCACAUGCUUCGUCUAUGCCUCGAAAUAUUGGAGUUCGAGGGCCGCGUCACACUGUGUUAUUACGGGAUCGUGUACCCGUUAGACACUGUGAAUUUCCUGAAGAAACAGCGCGAAUGAUGUACAAUCCAAGCAAACUCGAUAUUGAGAAUGUACGAGCAUCGUAUACGCCUCCUGAACAUCAGAUGCCAAGAAUGCUAGAAACUUCGGUAAAUUCUGUUAUGGAUUCUGCGUCCACAAUGAGGAUUCGCCGUGAAGAUGAUGGGCCCAGAUGGGAGCCGAGCGCUAUAAAUAAUAGAAUGUCUAUGGAUAACCUAGCUGCAACAACGGAAUCUAGCAUAUCAUGCGAAAAGGAACGCGAAUCUCGGCGAUCUGUCGAAAGAUUUGAGCCGAAGAAGAAAACUGUCAGUAAACAGCCGUUGCCUGGUUUUCACCAAGCAUUCGGUUCCACAGAGAUCGGCAGGUUCUCCAGAUCCGAGUUUUUCGUGAAUAUGGUGGGCGAGAGUGGUGCAAGCGUGGAAGUCGCCGACACGGAAAGUACUAAUGUAAGUACGGAUCGUAUGUCAGAGAUAAAUGGGGUUGCAGUUACAACUGCGACGCACGAUACAUCCGUGGUCACCACGACCGCAACGACGACCGUGAGGUCAUUCGAUGGCGAUGAUAGUGAAGAAGCGAGCUUCGAAGACUCGAAUAACGAUCUCGUCGCUUCUACGUCAAUGGGCAUGUAUUGUGACCAGCCAAAUAUUCCUCGAUGGCAUAGUCCUCACGUAGGCGCUAUAGGUAGCGAAAUUUAAACGAAUCUUUAAAUUUUUUCGUGGGCUAAGUAUCUUUCCAUUGAAAGUCUUACAUAGAAUUCUCAGUCAGUUAUUUUCAAAGUGUGAACAUUAAAACAUUUUCUCAUAAUCUUCAUUCUGGAUAUUCUAUUGCAAAGGAACGAUAAAAAAAUGAAAUUAAAAAAUUUGUAUAUUUUGAGAUAUAUAUUAUACGUAGGUAUUUACAAAUUCGAUUAAUUAUCAAUUUUAGUAUUUUCAAUUUUGCAUGUAUGAUCAAAUUAUAAAUAAAGUUGUACUUAACAUGAACUUUUUUUACAAGUCUACGAAUGUUGCAUUUAUUUAUAUCUUAUUGAAUAAUUAGCCCUCGAAAGAAAUUAGCGAUUCAUCAUGGACGUGAAUUAUGUCCAAUUGUUUGUAGAAUUAUAAAUUAUUUUCUUCGACGUUCAAAUAAUCUGAUAAUAUUUUAUAUGAAGGAAGAAUCAUUUGUUGUUUGUAAUUAAUAAAUUUCAGCGAAUUUAUUUAAAUCAAUUUCUUAAAUAAUUAUAAUUUCUUUUAUUUGUAUAAAUAUUUUUAGGACAAAUAUUUUUGAUUCGUCGAAGAUUAAUAAAUGACGUACGAAACAUCCCGACAAACCACAUGUUUUACUUACAUGUUUGUCGAGAUUGUGCCUUUAAGAGAACUGUGAAACUAUUAACACAUUCUCUACCCCAUGUACUAUUUUCGAUGUACAUUGAAACUUAUUUUCAGGCCAAGUGAUAUUUUUGUCAUUGAUAGAUAAAAUAUAAAAAAAUUCUUAAAUUAAUUUUCAUUAUACGUAUUUCCUAGUUGAAUGUUUUAUUAACGUAAAAGAAAAGCAGAGACAAGAAGAAGAUUAAUCACAUAUGGCCUGAAAAUAUAUAUUUAUUCAAAAAUGAACUGGCAAAGAACGUGUUAAAGGUCUUCAAAAUUCUUAAUCAAAAAAGAAAAAAUCAAAAGCAGCACGAUAUUUGCGGGUCUCGUACGUCAACUAUAUUAAGCUGAGCAACUUUCAUUAAUAUAUUAAUAUUGAAAUUUUUCAGAUAAAAUAUUUUAUAUGAUUUAAAAAAAAACAAUUUAAUAUAAAUUUUUUUCCUUCCAAAAUUUCAAUUAUCAGAAUAUUAUUUAAGAUAUCUUUUUAUUAUAAAAGAUAUUAUAAAAUAUUAAUAUAAUUUGUAGGUUGCUUAUACUUAAUAAAGAAAUAUAAUCAAAAUGUGUCGAUAAAAGUACUUAAUCGGCAUCUUCCAUCAAGUUGUUAGAUAUCGCCGAUGAUACACUUAAGAUUAGUGUACCGACGAUGAAUUAUAUGAAUACAUUAAAUAUAUAUAUAUAUAUAUAUGUAUUAUAUAUAUAUAUAUAUUUAAAGAAUAUAUUGUACUUAUAUGUAUAAUGAAGAAACGAAAACGCGCGACGAAGAAGUAUAUGAAUUAUUUAGUAGAAUAAUUAGGCGACACGUAUUGCCGCGCGGAGAAACGUAUAAAUAAAAGUGAUUAAUAUUACGAACGUAGGAAGUCGAGAAGCCGACGAAUACAUGCACUUCUGUUCGUGAAAAAUAUGUUUCUCUUAAGGGUGUGUACGGUAGUUUUGCAUUCAGAACUCUUUUAUUUCUCGAAAGAAUUAAAUAUUGAACAAAAAAAAAAGAAGUAAAAAGAAAAAAAAAUAUCACCACUUAGUAUGUUAUUCUUCUAAAAUAAGUAAAAAAAUUGGAUCAAUUUUAUAAGUUAAGACUAUAGACAAGUAUAGAUAAGAUUAUAGUUGUAACGCAAAUUCGAAAAACGGGGCACAUAAGAUUUAUUGGAAUUUUUUAUACAUCCAUUUUAACGUAUAUUUAAUAUUCCAUUUACUAUGGCAACUUUGGGACCUUUUUGAAUUAUAAAAUAGAAGAAAAAAAAUGUUCGCAUUAAUAUUUCUGAGAAGUGCGAUAUUAUAUCUAAUGAUGCAAGAUUUAUUUUACUCGUUAAGUUCAUAGUAAAGUCUACAAUAUUUGAAUUAAUAGGAAAAUACGAUAAUAUUUGGAUAAGAAUAUCUUCAAGCAGAGAAACUUUCAUCUUUUAUUAAUCUGAGUUAAAAAGAUUAUUUUUUCUCUUAUUUUGAAAAUAAUAUAAUUUCUAUUUGUAUUCCUUUUAUAAUCGAGUUCUGAAUCCCGUGCAGGCACCUAUAACUCGUGUUGAUUGAUCUAUCGGUACAUCGACUUGACAUAAUUCGUGCCAGCUAUCCUGUACCUAUAAUGGGACCAAAUUAAAAGAGAAGCUUUUAUUUCGCGUUCACCGUCGCGCUUACGUCCCACGUAAUUUAUCGCGUAUGAAGAACCUUCCCUUGUUUCCGUUCGCUCGAUUGCUUCGAACAAAGAAUGUCAUGUAAAAUAUCGCUUAACACACUCAAUGUUAUUUGAUAUAAAAUAAUUUUAAAGAAAGUACAUUUAAAGAUUAUAUUGAAUUUUUUCUAACGAGGAUAAUAAUUUCUUUAAAAAAAGAAAUUUCUUUCUAAAUAGAUAUUAAUUAAACACAGCAAUAUGUGUUUAUAAAAUUUUAGACAAUAACGUAACAUUAAAAACAAAAUAUAUUUCAAAUUUCUUUUUCCAUUUUCUUCUAAUUUAUUUGACCAUUAAGAUACUUUUGUCAUUAUAAUAUUGUGCGUGUUAAGUGAGAAUUAAUGUGAAAGUAAGUGAAUUUAAUUGAAGGAACAUUACUUUUUAACAAAAGAAUAGAAUAAAUAGCUUGAAAAUUGUGUGAUGAUUAUUCGAUCAAGUUGAAGAUUUAUAAUAAAUAUUGAUCGAGCGUAAUAGAAACAUUUAAUGAUGAUAACAUUCAACUUUUUUGUUCUUGGAUGUAUAAAAACAUCCAAGAGGCAUGAAAUGAUGUAAAUGCUGUGAUUUAUUUUAAAAUUAAUCGUAGUUUAUAGUGGAACACAGCGGUGAAAAACGCUGAAUAUCGUCGCGACGUCAGGAAAGACGAGUUGUGAUAAAAAAAAAAUUCUUUAAGAAAUUUUAACGAUGUGUAUGUAAUUGUUUGUCUAGAACAAUUGAUCAUUUGUUGUUUUAACUUUUGGAUUAUUAUUGUAAGAGCACUUCAUCGAGGUCCAAUCUUUUCAAAUUUUUCACUAGUAAGGAAUAUAACGAUAGUCAAAAUCUUUUCGCUGUACAGUGUAUACUUCCAUAAAUUAAUUUCAUGUUUUAAAAUUUUUUGAAACUUUAUCGAUAUAAAAUAUUGAUAUAGAUAUAUCAAAUAUUUAUAUUUAUUAAAAUAUAAAAAAAUGCAAAUGAUCAAAGAAAAAAAUCCUCUCAUUGUAUAAUAUGUAUAAUACGUCUUUAUAAAUUAAUUUUUUAUAUUUUAACAGUGAUAAAAGAUGGACCUAAUAUAUAUUCAAAGAAUCAAACAAAGUAUCUCAUAAAUGGAUCAAAAGUUAAGACAACCAAGGAAUUAUAUCACGCCAAUCUCGUCAUCUCCAAAACGUGAAUCCUAUGACGAAAAUAUUAGAGAUGCGUUAAUUACUUGAAAAUUUUAAUAAUUUUGUUACUUUGAUCUGUCUUGUUGGCGAUGCAGACUGUAAUAUAGAAUUACGACUUACGUCUUACGAUUAAGGACGAAUAAACUAUAAUCCGAGUUUCAUUAUUGGCAACGAUAUUAAGCGUAGAAGUAGUGAUGUUCAAACCACUGAAGGAAAUGUGAAAAGAUAAAAAAAAGUAAUGAAAAAUAAUGAGAGAGAGAGAGAGAGAGAGAGAGAGAGAGAGAGAGAGAGAGAGAGAGAGAGAGAGAGAGAGAGAGAGA